CCCACAUUGAUCUCAGAAUGCUGUCAGUUGUUUUUUGUUUUAUUUGAUAAAAGCUUUAUUUUAAAGAAUUUCUUUUAGUGGUUUUUUUCUGUUGCUGAUAAUAAAAAUCAAAUCUAUCUUUUUUUUCAUUAUCAUUUGAAUAUAACCCUAUCUUUGUUUUGAUGAAUAAUAGCAUUAUUAAUCCUAAAUUCCAAUCGAUCGAGCUGGCUCAGAUGAAUACCGAUGUAGAGCCAAGCCACCAAUCAAAUCAAAAUGGUGGCAGUAGUGGUAAAGAAUCAACGCAUUCUAAUCGAAAAAAUCGAAAAAUUCGUCGAUCAAAUCUUCGAGAUCCUGUCCAACAAAAUGAUCCGGUCAUGAUUUCAGGCCAAAGUCCUCAACGUUUAGUUGAAAAUGAACAUAUUCAACCACGAAACGAUGCUGGUAUUUCUGGUAGUAAUCGUCGAACAUAUCGUGGCAGCAGUGGUGAGGGUGGUGUACACAACGUUCCUCAUAGAAUAUUUGAUAUUGAUGGCGAUGGCAUCGAUGAUGAUGAAGAUGAUGACGAUGAUGAUGAUGAUGCGGAACAUGAAGAAGAACUUAAAUAUGGUGCCAAACAUGUUAUCAAAUUAUUCAUACCGGUAUCGUUGUGUAUGUUGGUGGUGGUUGUCACAAUGAAUACGAUAAGUUUUUAUCGAUCCACCAAUGUUUAUAUGGUUUAUACACCAUUUACUGAUCAAACUGUAGCACCUACGACAAAAAUAUGGCAAUCAUUUGCUAAUGCUUUCAUUCUUCUUGGAUUCAUCAUUGUAAUGACAACAAUAUUGAUCGUUUUAUAUAAAUUUCGUUGUUACAAAGUGAUUCAUGGAUGGUUGAUCAUGUCUUCAUUGAUGCUACUAUUUUUGUUCACUUUUAUGUAUUUAAGUGAAGUUUUACGAGCCUAUAACAUUCCUAUCGAUAUUUAUACAAUUUUUUUAUUCAUGUGGAAUUUCGGUGUUGUUGGCAUGAUUUGUAUCCAUUGGAAAGGGCCAUUAAUACUGCAACAAGGAUAUUUGAUUAUGAUAUCAGCAUUAAUGGCAUUGGUAUUUAUAAAAUUCUUACCAGAUUGGACCGUUUGGGUAGUGCUGGGUGUCAUAUCUGUAUGGGAUCUUGUUGCAGUUUUAUGUCCAAAAGGACCACUACGGAUUUUAGUUGAAACAGCUCAAGAACGAAAUGAAUCAAUCUUUCCAGCAUUAAUUUAUUCAUCAGCAGUAGCCUAUUAUACGGUUGGUACAAUGGCCGAUACUGAACAACAACAACAACAACAUCGUCGUCCAACAACAACAACAACAACAAGAAAUCCAUCAUCAGAAUCAUCACAACAAUUGAAUCAAUCAUCAAAUCAAGAUAUCAAUGAAUCAUCUGGUUUUAGUAAUAGCCAUUAUGAUAAUGAUAGUGAAGAUGAAGAACGUGGCGUUAAAUUAGGUCUUGGUGAUUUUAUAUUCUAUUCAGUAUUGGUAGGAAAAGCAUCUUCAUAUGGUGAUUGGAAUACCACCGUAGCUUGUUUUGUUGCCAUUCUAAUUGGUCUUUGUCUUACGUUAUUAUUAUUGGCCAUUUUUCGUAAAGCAUUACCAGCAUUACCAAUUUCAAUAGCCUUUGGUCUUAUUUUCUAUUUUUCAACAUCAACAUUAGUACAACCAUUUUCAGAUUGUUUACAAAAUUCACUUAUUUAUAUCUGAUCUGAUGAUCUAAUUAUCUAAUUAAUUAUUCUUUAUUCAGUAGAAAGUAAGAUUCAAUAGUUUAUAGUUUUUUGAUCUUAAACGUACAAGUAAUAAUAUUAAGAAUAAAUUAAUUAUAAAUACGAUUGAUCAAAUUUUUUUUUAAUCGAUUCUUGAAAUUUUCGAUAAAACACAGCAAGAUUUAUCCACAGGUUGAUUUUACAUUAAAUAAUUACAUAACAUUGAUUGAUUGAUUGAUUGAUAUUGACAAUAACAUUAAUAAAACUUGAAAACUUGAUGAACAAAAAA